AUGCCCGAUAAAUACAUUUUGAAGAGGUGGAAGAAAACUGCGAAAUUUGGAUUGGUGUCAGAUGCAAAUGGCAACGAAAUUAAAGACUCUGCAGAUCCUGGUCUUUUAAUAAAGCGGAGUACAAUGUCCCGACUUGCUUCAGAUGUGGUUGAGGAUGCAUUAAUGUGUGAAGAAGGAUGUGAGCUACUGUCAGAGACUCUAAAAAGUUUGCAGGUGAAGUUGAAGUUGUUGAAGGAUGGACAAAGUAAUAACGAAGUUGGAGGGUCCAGCUCUCAAACACAAUAUAUGAAAGACCCUAAGAGAGUAAGGUGCAAUGGAGGGUCGAAACGAGUAAAGGAAAAGGCAAUGAAGCGAGGGAUUAGACACUGUCGGGAGUGUGGACACAUUGGUCAUGAUAGAAGACAUGCCCAAGAAAUUUGA